AUGACACAACCGCGUUCACCGACGAAUGAGCAACAUGCUGUGGCAAGACUGGAGAAGAAGUUUGAACAAUUGGGAAGACCUGCCCAAUUUAUUGUCCUUGUGGCUGGUGUUUUCUUCUUCUUUGGAAUACACAAUCUGCUGCAAGAAACCAUGAUGUCCAUUGAGGGUUUUCAUUUUGGAAUCAUGCUGGGGUAUAUGGAAGUAUUGGGGGUGGCAGUCUGCUCAUAUCUGGAACGAACGUAUUAUGCCAAAGAAACAGGACGUGUGGCUCCCAUGUCCGCGUAUCCCCUCUUGACAUUUUGUUUAAUGUCCUCCUCAUCGCUCUCGAAUUUGGCGUUGAAUUUCAUCAAUUUUCCGACAAAGGUGGUGUUUCGCUCCUGCAAACUUAUCCCAACUAUGCUGGUUGCUUCGAUCAUUCACCGAAAGGUCUUCUCAAGUAAAGAAUACUCGUGCGCCUUGGCUAUCUGUGCUGGAUUGGUCAUGUUUGCCGCAGCCGAUUGGAAGUUAUCUCCCACUUUUCAUCCCGUCGGAUUGACGCUUGUCUCUUUGAGUGUCUGUGCCGAUGCCAUCCUCCCCAAUGCACAAGAAAAUCUAUUCCGAAUGGGAUCCUCCCGGCUAGAAGUCACAUUCUUUACCAACAUUUUCACGCUCAUGGUCAUGACCGUCACGACACUGGCUUCGGGAGAUCUGAUCGGAUUACUACAAUUUGCUCGAACAUCGCACACUCUGCGGGUAUACAUGUUGAUAUACACAUUCAUUGCCUACAUCGCCAUAUCUGUCCACAUGACCAUUGUCAAACGAUUUGGUGGUGUGGCGGCAGUGCUCGUGGCCACAGUUCGAAAAGCCAUGACUCUGGUGCUGUCAUUCGUUAUUUUUCCAAAGGAGUUCUCGUGGUUUUACGUAUUGGGUGCUGCGCUCGUGUUGGGUGGCCUAACGGUGUCGUCCCUGUCCAAAAUGGAAGAACGAAAAGCAAGCGAUCGAGUCAAGAAUUCCAAAGAGUCGGGUACAGACCUAGAGGACGCCAGUGGCGAGGAGACUGAAAAAAUGCUGGAGCACACGGAGUCCACGCAAACAGAAGUUAGCUCCUCGAAUAGUUCUUGGAGCAAGUAG